UCGCCCGCGGUUGGCUCCGGUUGCCGUGGCGACGCGCGCCCCUCCCCCGAUGACGCGCGUGGUGACGCGCGGGGGCUGGGAGGAGCCAGGGGAGGAGCAAGCGCGGCGGCGGCGGCUGAGGGGGGAGCCGGGCUUCAGUGGCGGCUCCUCCGUCCUUCGUGAGGCGGGGAAGGAGGAGGGGAAGCAGCCCCGGCAGCAGCGGCAGGAGGAGGCGGAGCGGGGAGCCGCCCGGGCAGCAUGGUGAUGGCCGAGCCCCGGCGGCUUCCCCCUGCUGCGGCGGCGCUGCUCUUGCAGCCGCCCCGCGGAGGAGGGUCGGGCCCCGUCCGCGUCGGCUUCUACGAGAUCGAGGGCACCCUGGGCAAGGGCAACUUCGCCGUGGUCAAGCUGGGCCGGCACCGCAUCACGCGGAGCGAGGUGGCAAUAAAAAUAAUUGACAAAUCUCAGCUAGAUUCUGUGAACCUGGAGAAAAUUUAUCGUGAGGUGCAGAUAAUGAAAAUGCUGAACCACCCACACAUUAUCAAGCUUUAUCAGGUAAUGGAGACCAAAAGCAUGCUGUACCUUGUGACAGAAUAUGCCAAAAAUGGAGAAAUAUUUGAUUACCUUGCUAACCAUGGCCAUUUGAGUGAGUCUGAGGCCAGGCGCAAAUUCUGGCAAAUCCUCUCCGCUGUUGAAUACUGUCACAGCCGUAAGAUUGUGCACCGUGACCUCAAAGCUGAAAACCUCCUGCUUGAUAACAACAUGAAUAUUAAAAUAGCAGAUUUUGGAUUUGGAAACUUCUACAAAAGUGGUGAGCCUCUGACAACGUGGUGUGGCAGCCCUCCGUAUGCAGCUCCUGAAGUGUUUGAAGGGCAGCAGUACGAGGGUCCACAGCUGGAUAUCUGGAGCAUGGGUGUAGUUCUCUAUGUCUUAGUCUGUGGAGCGCUGCCUUUUGACGGACCUACUCUCCCCAUCCUGAGGCAACGAGUUCUGGAAGGGAGGUUCCGGAUCCCCUAUUUCAUGUCUGAAGAGUGUGAGCAUCUUAUCCGGAGGAUGCUGGUCCUGGACCCUUCUAAGAGGCUGACAAUUGCUCAGAUUAAAGAGCACAAGUGGAUGCUAGUCGAGGUUCCUGUGCAGAGGCCUAUUCUCUACCCCCAAGGACAAGAGAAUGAGCCUUCAAUCGGAGAAUACAAUGAGCAAGUUCUGCGACUGAUGCACAGCUUGGGAAUAGAUCAACAAAAAACCAUUGAGUCCCUGCAGGACAAGAGCUACAACCACUUCGCUGCUAUCUAUUACUUGCUCAUUGAGAGGCUCAAGUCACAUCGCAGCAGCUUCCCCGUGGAGCAGCGGCUAGAUCCCCGUCAGCGACGGCCCAGCACCAUCGCUGAACAAACAGUCGCCAAGGCCCAGGCUGCGGUAGCUCCUGUAAACCUGCGCCCCCAGAAUGUAAGACUGUUGAGGUCUCCCGGCCUCCCGCCAACUUCUGCUGCUGAAGCUUUCUCCUUUCCCCCUUCCGCCUGCCAGGCAGAAUCCGCAUUCAUGGAGGAAGAGAGAAUUGACACACCAAAGGUGAAUGGCUGCCUGUUGGAUCCUGUUCCCCCAAUGAUGGGAAGGAAGGGGUGCCAGUCCCUGCCGAGCAGCAUGAUGGAAACCUCCAUUGAUGAAGGGAUAGAGACGGAGGGAGAGUCUGAGGAGGAUCCCGCUCAGGCGUUUGCAGCCCUGCAAGCAACUCGCUAUGGGAAGAGACGUCACACUCUGGCAGAAGUAACCAAUCAGCUGGUUGUCAUGCCGGGCACAGGGAAAGUCUUUUCCAUGGAUGAGAACCAAUCCUUGAGCAGUGUUGAUUCUGAAUAUGACAUGGGAUCCAUCCAGAGCGAUCUUAACUUCCUGGAAGACACCCCUUCCCUGAAGGAAAUGGUACUGGCCAAUCAGCCAGCUCCUAGGAUGACGCCUCCUUUCAUACGUCUGAGACCCGCUAAUCCAGCCAUGCAGACACUGGCGUCCCACAAGCGAGAGACCCACAACCGUUCCCCUGUCAGCUUCCGAGAGGGACGUAGAGCAUCGGACACAUCCCUAACACAAGGAAUUGUAGCAUUUAGGCAGCACCUUCAGAAUCUGGCCCGAACCAAAGGAAUCCUGGAACUCAACAAAGUCCAGCUGUUGUAUGAACAGAUGAGGUCAGAAGAUGAGCCUUCCUUGGCAUCCGCUUCUCCUCAUCUGCAGGACCUUGGGAGCGGCCCCCAACAGGAGGAACCUUCCCCGCCGCAGGAAGCUGUUUCUGCUUUUGCUAAUGGCAUCCAUCCUCAGUUGCUGUGCAGGCGGCAAAGCUUAGAAACGCAGUAUUUGCAGCACAGACUCCAGAAGCCCAGUCUGCUUUCAAAAGCCCAAAAUGCCUGCCAGGUUUUUUGCAAGGAGUUGCCCCGGAGCCUUGAACAGCAGUUACAGGAGCACAGGCUGCACCAGAAGCGGCUGUUUCUCCAGAAACAAUCCCAGCUGCAGGCAUACUUCAACCAGAUGCAGAUAGCGGAAAGUACUUACCCCAGGCCAAGCCAGCUGUCCCUCGCCUGCCAUGAAGGGCAGCCGCAGCAGCAGCCGCCACCCCCUCCCCAGUUUAGUUUGGUUCAGCCCCUGAGCCCCGUCAUGGAGCCUUCUGCAGAACAAAUGCAAUACGACCCUUUCCUUGGCCAAUAUCAAAAGCUGCAACUUGACCAGCCGCCCUCGCCCUCUCAUCUGCCAGCACAGAUCCCCAUGCAGCAGCAGCAAUAUCCCUAUCAGACUUGCCAGUUGCCAGUUGGCACGUCCUCUGAACCAGACUAUGCCAGUCAGCAUCAACAUCCCCUGGGCCCAACCCAGCAGAGCAAGGUAGCAAUGCCCGACGGCCGAAGGAGCUCGGGCCCUCCUGGAUCACAGUCCAGCUACGAGCCGUUAGGCCUGGUGGAGCUGCCUGGGCUCUUUGAUUGUGAAAUGAUGGAGACUGUUGACCCCCAACAUAGUGGUUACGUCUUGGUGAACUAGCACAUUUUGGAGUGUUCUGGAUGGAAGGUGGAUUAGUGGAAGGACAGAAAUGUCUGUGGAUUUCCAUUUACAUUCUAACCAUAAAAUUCAUGGCUUAUGACUCAACCCUAGACCUUAUCGGAUGACUAUACAAAAACCCUCCUAAUUGGUACUAGCAAGGAAUUACUGAGCAUCGCUCCACAAGAAAAGUUGGUGACGGGGCUGUGGAGAGAGGCACUGCACUUUUUGAUGGAAGGAGGAACUCCUUUGCGAGGAAAGAGGCAGCACACUUCUAGGAAGGAAGGAAGUGUACGCCUUCCAAAGUUUUUGGUAUUCUGCAAACCAUGCAACCCCUGUCAGAGAAAGCCUGGUUGAAAUCAGGAGGACAAGAGUGACUGUGGGGCACACCAUACUACUUGGCAAUAAAAGCAAUACAUUUUUCAUUGGAACUCCACAGUGAUGUGGGUUGACAUGAAAGCGAAUCAGGAAAGUAGCAUGCUAGGGCACUGAACAACCUAUAUCUGAGCUGCUGAUGUAGAACUUGACUGCAGCUGAUUCUCAGAGGACACACACAGCACCUCUCACAGUCUCCACUUGCUUCUGUUGACUCUUGUGAGGAAAUUCCUGAUCUUUAUGAACCCUGACAAGCCUCUGGAUCUUUGACGAAAGGAUUCAUGUAUCCCUAUCAAAAGACAGCUAGAGUCAAUGUCCAGGAUUUUCCCAGAACUCUGUGUUGGAAGACCCUCCACAGAUCAAUGGAUUAAGAACUGGGAGGCAGGGGGGGGAGGGGGAGAAGCCAGGGUGGGCUAUACAGUGUUGCCCCAGUGUUGGGGGUGGGGGAAUAGCUCUGAUCACUGGAGAAGUUGGUAUAAGCGGCCCUUGGUUGCUUUUCCCUUUUAAAAGCACCAGCACCUGGACUUGGACUAAACAGUGUGCAUUGCUGGUGGUUUCUUAGGCUUUGUAUAUUUGGACAAUUAUUUAGGGAUUUAGCAUUUUAAGGACAAAACAAAACGAGCUUAUCAGAAAACCCAUGUGAAGUGAUAGUGCUGUGCCUUUUGGUUCUUUUUGAGACUCUUACGCUUCCCCCCCUUUUUUUUUCUGAAUUAGAACAUACCCCAUUUAUGUCCAUGCUGAUGCCAAAGUCGCUUCAGAGCCCAAGUUCCACCGUGUGGGAUGGAGGUUUGAUGUGUUUAUGACUUGUUCACCAUGACGUAUCUGACAUGUUAAAAGUAUUACAGCAAUAGCAGAAUCAAUAACUGUUGACUUGUUAACCACACCAAGAGGCAUCUGCUCUACAAAGCACUUGGCCUAGACCUUUUGUGAUGCGUGACAUGCUGGCCUCGAAUCCAUAGGAAAGAACACCGAGGAUCCCUUGAAUAUGUCACCCAAGAGGAUUCUUAAGAUCAAAUCAAAUGCUAUGACAGUGUUAGGAAAGGCACUAAGGGUCUUCAGUGUCCUGCUGGGAGCAGAUAAAAGAUCUAAGCACAACCCAGAUUUUGUUUAAGCACAAGAACACUGGCCUAGCAAAGUCGAUCUGAAUGAAGACAAGCUGAAGCCUCGUUCUCACUGAGGAGAGGUGCUCAGCCUGUCUCUGAGUUGUGCCACUUCAAACCACAGGUGUGACAAUGCCCCAUCUGGGAAAGCGAGCCGCCCAGGAGACAGUUGGCAAGAGGAUCUCUGCUACAGCCACUGUCCAUUUUAAAGAGGCUUUUAAAGAAAAGAAGCACAAAAGUCAGGCACCCACCGCCAGUUCCUGAAACAGUGUCUUGUUGAGCGUCCCAAAUUUCCAGCUGAAAACUGCUGAACUGAGAACUUCAAGUUCAGCCCUAAUUUGGAGGGAGUUUGUAUGGAGGAGCAUUCCAUCCUGUGAGCCCCUCCACCACCACCUGCAGUCUGACACGGUGCAGCCCAGCUGGGGUGGCCAGUGUGGCAAUGAGAACCAUGCCUGUCUUCAAGGGGAGCUUUCUGCUUUCCUCUCCUGACCCAUUUCAGUCCAUGUACUGCAUUCACACUGUGCAAUGCUUAAGCUUCCCAUUUUUGUUGUCACACCUGCUUCUCCCUAGCUGCUGCCUUUGCCAUGAAAACUCCUGCUCUCAGUCUUGGACUAUCAGGGCAACAGAUGACUUGGAGACAGGCAUGUAUAGUUUCUGCAUAAGGCAGCAGCUUGAAUUCAGAUGUCCUGAAGAGACGUCUUGCCUUGUGGGAUUCCUUCUUGUGGAUGAUCUUCUUGCUCUUAGGAAUCGGGCCUUGGAGUUCUUGCUAGAUGACCCAGGAGUUAAUAACCUUAUGUCAACUUCCAGACUACUACAGUAGGCUUUCGCACCAGGAAAACCUUUCCUGCUAUAUCCUAUGCACCUCACAUGAGGUAGGGGGAAGAGAGGUCAGCCACGCUGACUCCAGCUGCUUUAUUUCCUUGUAAGCAGCGGGAUGAAAUUCCACCCGGCCUUGAGACCUACCCAUCUUCUACUAACUUCAGUGUGCAUAUGGUGGAGCUGGAGAGAGAAGCUUAACACAAGACAGCCAUUUCUCUCUUUGCUCUGUGGGGAAGAGGCUUCUGUCAACCAGGAAAAGCCAACAUAAGCCCUUGGACCAUGUCCAGCCCAUCAAAGCUUUUCAUCAAGGACAUGGCAGUAUUGGUCUAUGUUAGCCGAAACUUUGGUGGGCUGGACAUCCCUUGCAGGCUUUACAUUGCCUGCCCUGUCUCUAAAGUCUCUUAGUCUCUAAAGUUGUUUUCACUAAUAGCUUGCCUGGGAGGAGGGGCCUAUGUUAGUGGCCCUGCUUGACUUAAUACCUAAGAUUUGUGAGCAAGCAUCCCCUUUGCAAGAGAUUAUUCCAUGGGUGCUUGGGGAAGCAGAGUCAAAGCUUGUUAGGAUCCCAGCUCGUGUGUUCUUGCCAAGGACAGCUGAAGACCAGGAAGUUGCCAAGGACUGGCACAGCUUGGGCCUUGUACAGCUCUUCCCACAAGGCACCCAGAGCACAACUUGCCACAAACCUUAGCCAAGGUAGCUAUAGAUUUGUGUCCAGGUGCAGCGAGGUGAUAAACUUCAUUUCUGCUGCUAGUUUCUUUGUACCUCAGCUGAUGGGGCAGAAGUUCUGAAUGUUAACACUAUUGGGCAUCUCUACCCCCUUCUGCUUAACAGUCUGUGUUUUUCAGCAUUUGGUGUCGUGUCUAUUACAAUAAUGGGGGAGCCCAUUCAUUUUUCCUCCCCCACGCUCUCAGAGGCGUAGAGCAUUGCCUGCCCCCUCUUUCUCUUCAAAGUAGCUGCUUCUGUCAAGUCUGCUGUGUCUGUUGUUAAGAGGAUUUGUGUAUACUACUGUAUAACAACUAUUAGCUUUAUUAGUUUUAAUACAGGUUCCUUUGAAGAGACUUUGGUGAGACGUACAUGGGGUUACACAGUUUUUUUUAAUAUGGAGACAAGUGCAAUAUGUGUGUGUGGUACGUUCUUUAAUAUAUUUUUUUAAGAAGAGUUAAAAGGGUUUAGUCUUCGCUUUGGGAGAAAUGCACUAGUUUUGUGAGCACCAGUUUUGGUGCAUCCCUCUGUAGACUUUACAUGCAGUUGGACUCUGUAAAAGCAAUGACAGUGUAUUAAUGCAAAAUAAAGAACACGGACCUUCUGUUUUUUAAA